UGUGGUCACUGUAUAAUUACAACAGGAGUGUUGAGUUUUGAUACCCAGGAAGGAUUUUGGUUGGUGCACAGUACCCCACAUUUCCCGCCCAACCGUACUAUGGGAUGGGCGUGGCCUGACAGUGCCAUGGAUUAUGGACAGGCCUUCCUGUGUGUCUCCUACCCCAUUGCCAUGAUGGAAAAAAUAGGUGAACAGUUUCUGUAUACCUAUCCCAAGAUCUACGACAAAAACUUCCCCGCCAGUUUUGCCGCAAAGAGCCCUGUAAUGAACCAGAUUCUAGGUGAUAAGCAGUCACAUGUCAAACAGUUGCCAUGGUAUCACAAGACAACACUGGUAUCGAAGGCUGGACAUAAUUUUGUUAGCUAUGCCAAGUUUGGGAAAUUCAUGGCUGAUCUGUAUGAUAACUUGGUGGCCAUUGAUCUGCAAAGUGACAUGAUGGUUGAGACCUGGCAGAAAGGAGGAGUCAAAGAAAACCUUCCUACCAACUGUUCCAUUCAGUACAAGGUAUACAAACAUUACAACUGUUCCAUUAAGUACAAGGUAUACAAACAUUACAACUGUUCCAUUAAGUACACGGUAUACAAACAUGACAACUGUUCCAUUAAGUACAAGGUAUACAAACAUUGCAACUGUUCCAUUAAGUACAAUGCAUUACAACUGUUCCAUUAAGUACAAGGUAUACAAACAUGACAACUGUUCAAUUAAGUACAAGGUAUACGAACAUGACAACUGUUCCAUUAAGUACAAGGUAUACAAACAUUACAAAUGUU